AUGGCUGAGAAGACCACAGAGGAGACAGGGCUGUGGAAAGAGGCCUCUAUCCAGGAUGCCUCGCAGGGCCUCCAGGACAGCUUGUUCUCCUCUGAAAGUGACAAUAGCCUGUACUUUACCUACAGUGGCCAGUCCAACACCCUGGAAGUCAGAGACCUCACCUACCAGGUGGACACGGCCUCCCAGGUGCCUUGGUUCGAGCAGUUGGCUCAGUUCAAAAUACCUUGGUUGUCUCACGGCAGCCAAGACUCCCGUGAGCUGGGCAUCAGGAACCUGAGCUUCAAAGUCAGAAGUGGGCAGAUGCUGGCCAUCAUAGGGAGCUCAGGCUGUGGAAGAGUCUCAUUGCUGGAUGUGAUUACCGGCCGUCACCACGGUGGCAAGAUGAAGUCAGGCAGUAUCUGGAUCAACAGGCAGCCCAGCACCCCUCAGGUCGUGAGGAAGUGCGUGGCCCACGUGCGCCAGCAUGACCAGCUGCUGCCCAACCUGACGGUCCGAGAGACCCUGGCCUUCGUUGCCCAGAUGCGCCUGCCUAGAAGCUUCUCGAAGGCUCAGCGUGACAAAAGGGUGGAGGACGUGAUAGCGGAGCUGCGGCUGCGCCAGUGCGCCAACACCCGCGUGGGCAACGCGUAUGUGCGCGGGGUGUCUGGGGGCGAGCGGAGGCGAGUCAGCAUCGGGGUGCAGCUGCUGUGGAACCCAGGAAUCCUCAUCCUGGACGAACCCACCUCCGGGCUCGACAGCUUCACUGCCCACAACCUGGUGAAAACCUUGUCCCGUCUGGCCAAGGGCAACAGGCUGGUGCUCAUCUCCCUCCACCAGCCUCGCUCGGACAUCUUCAAGCUGUUUGACCUGGUCCUCCUGAUGACGUCGGGCACCACCAUCUACCUUGGAGCCGCCCAGCACAUGGUCCAGUAUUUCACGGCCAUCGGCUACCCCUGUCCCCGCUACAGCAACCCUGCCGACUUCUAUGUGGACUUGACCAGCAUCAACAGAUGCAGCAGAGAGCAGGAAAUGGCCACCCGGGAGAAGGCUCAGUCACUUGCAGCCCUGUUUCUAGAAAAAGUGCGUGGCUUUGAUGACUUCCUGUGGAAAGCAGAGACGAAGGAGCUGGAUGUGGGCACCUGUGCAGCCAGCCAGACCCUCCUGCAAGACUCUGGCCACCUCUCAAUUCUCACUGAGCAGCCUGGGGCAGUGCAGCAGUUUGCUACCCUGAUCCGUCGUCAGAUUUCCAAUGACUUCCGAGACCUGCCGACCCUCUUCAUUCAUGGGGUGGAGGCCUGUCUGAUGUCCCUAAUUAUAGGGUUCCUCUACUAUGGCCAUGGGGACAUCAAGCUCUCCUUUAUGGACAUGGCAGCCCUCUUGUUCAUGAUCGGAGCACUCAUCCCUUUCAACGUCAUUCUGGAUGUCAUCUCUAAAGGUGAGUGUCACUCAGAGAGGGCAAUGCUGUACCAUGAACUGGACGACGGACUGUACACAGCUGGUCCAUAUUUCUUUGCCAAGGUUCUGGGGGAGCUACCAGAGCACUGUGCCUAUGUCAUCAUCUACGGUAUGCCCAUCUACUGGCUGGCCAACCUGCGGCCCGGCCUGGAGCGCUUCCUGCUGUACUUCCUGCUGGUGUGGCUGGUGGUCUUCUGCUGCAGGGCCAUGGCUCUGGCCGCUGCUGCCAUGCUGCCUACUUUUCACAUGUCCUCCUUCUUCUGCAACGCUCUCUACAACUCCUUCUACCUCACCGGGGGCUUCAUGAUCAACCUGGACAACCUGUGGAUAGCACCCUCGUGGAUCGCCAAGGUGUCCUUCCUCCGGUGGUGUUUCGCAGGGCUGAUGCAGGUUCAGUUUAAUGGAUUCCUUUAUACAGCACAGAUAGGCAACGUCACCUUCUCGGUCCCAGGAGAGACGAUCGUCAGUGCCAUGGACCUGAACUCACACCCACUCUACACCAUCUACCUCAUCCUCGUCGGCAUCAGCGGGGGCUUCCUGUUCCUGUACUAUCUUUCCUUAAGGUUCAUCAAACAGAAGUCAAGCCAAGACUGGUGA